GAUGGCAAACAGCGAUCUGAAAUGAUUACUCCGGGAAAAAAAAUCCUUUUAUACCAGGAGAGCGUCCAUCGGGUUCCGCAGAGAAAGGAGGCGAUUGCUCGUGCAGCGCGAGAGAUCCCUUUCGCCUUGGAAACUGACUAGCGAUCUAGCCAGCGAGCAUUCCCAGCCCCCACUGCUCUGCCCCUGCGAGCUGGACCCAUUAUGCCGGACAAAGUCACCGACACCACCAAUUCUGCCUCCGCCAGGGUCUCGUCUUUUUUUAUCGAGAAUUUGCUGGGGACCGAGGGGAAAGAGAGCCGAGAGGAGAGGACGCAGGAGAGCACGGAGGAUGGCCACAAAGAGACGCGGUCGCACAGCGGAAUAGCCGGCAGCCAUUGCGCGCAGGUCUGCUGCCAAGUCUCUCCUUUUGGGUUCAGUUCACAGACCUAUCCUCUCAGGGAAAGUACAAUGGAGUGGUACAGAAGAGCUCAUGCUAGUUUUAUAGGAUGCACCAGUCCAGACACCAGUGACCGAGACUCUCCCGAGAUCCCCGAGGAGUCAUCAGCAGGGAGGCCAGGGGGCUGCAGGAAACAGGCAGACGAGCUGGGCUCGGCAGAGCGGAGAGAGGAGUUUGCUUGCGGCAGCAACAGCAGGGAGGAGGAUGACAAAGGCGAGGAGCCGGAUUCCGCUGAGCAGAGAGCCGCGGGCCGCAAGAAGAAGACCCGCACGGUCUUCAGCCGGAGUCAGGUCUUCCAGCUGGAGUCCACCUUCGACAUGAAGCGCUACCUGAGCAGCUCGGAGAGGGCCGGCCUGGCGGCCUCCUUGCACCUCACCGAGACCCAGGUGAAGAUCUGGUUCCAGAACCGCAGGAAUAAGUGGAAAAGACAACUGGCUGCGGAUUUGGAAGCGGCCAACGUCUCCCACUCGGCUCAAAGGAUAGUAAGGGUGCCCAUUUUGUACCACGAAAACUCGCCUGCAAGUGCUUUAGGCUUCACCUUGCCUCACAUGUCUCCUCCCCUGGUGGGGUUUUCUAACGCUGUCAGCUACCCCCUGGCCACCUUCCCUGCCGCCUCAGUCCCGUUUCUGAGAUCGCAAAUGACAGGACUCGUUUGAGAAUCCAUCUUUGCAAGGACCUUUUCCCCGGCUUUGCCCCCCCUUUUCCCCUCCUCCCUUUCAGCCCCAUUCUCCUCCCUCCUUCCUCCAUACUUCUUAUUUCGACUUAUACAUUUCUUGAUUUUAUGCUUUUGAAUUUUAAAACGUGCAAUAAACAU